AUGACCCGAGGCGCGCAGCGAGGCCGCGAGAGCGCGGGCUGGGGGCUGCGUGGCGCCGUGGCUGCCGUGGCGCUGCUCUCGGCUCUCAACGCGGCGGGCACCGUGUUCGCGCUGUGCCAGUGGCGCGGGCUGAGCACGGCGCUGCGGGAGCUGGAGGCGCAGCAGGGCCGCGAGCAGCGCGAGGACAGCGCCCUGCGCGCCUUCCUGACCGAGCUGAGCCGCGCGCCGCGCCGGGCCUCAGAGCUUCCCCAGGACCCCGCGAGCGCGGCGCGCAACAAGCGCAGCCACAGCGGCGAGCCGCUGCCGCACAUCCGCGCCGAGAGCCAGGACAUGCUGAUGAUGAUGACCUACUCCAUGGUGCCGGUGCGCGUGAUGGUGGACCUGUGCAACAGCACCAAGGGCAUCUGCCUGACAGGACCACCUGGCCCACCAGGACCUCCAGGAGUUGAUGGCAUUCCAGGACACAAUGGAUCAGAAGGAGAGCCUGGUCCCAAGGGCCCAAAGGGCGAAAAAGGAACAAAUGGGAAGAGAGGAAAAAUGGGGCUACCAGGAGCCACAGGAAAUCCAGGGGAAAAAGGAGAAAAGGGAGACCCUGGUGAGCUGGGCCUGACAGGGAACACAGGCCCCCCAGGGCAGAAGGGAGAGAAGGGAGACAAGGGGGAUGUGUCCAACGACGUGCUCCUGGCAGGUGUCAAAGGUGACCAAGGCCCACCUGGCCCACCUGGACCCCAGGGCCCUCCAGGUCCACCAGGGCCACCUGGAAGCAGAAGAUCCAAAAACCCGAAGCCAUCAAACAUGUUUAAUGGCCAGUGCACAGGUGAGACAUGUGCCGUGCCAAAUGAUGACACCUUGGCUGGCAAAGCUGAUGACAAAGUCAGUGACCACCAUUCGCCACAAGCAGAAUCUGUGAUCGCUUCCAUUGGAAAUUCGUCGCAAGUAUUUAAAGUGAAGGAGACAUUUGGGACCUGGAUAAGAGAGUCUGCGAACAAGAGCGAUGAGCGCAUUUGGGUGAUUAAACACUUUUCAGGCAUCUUGGUGAAGGAGUUCAAAGACUGGCCCUCGCUUCUGAACAACAGUUACAAGUCCAUCCAACUCCCGCAUUACUUCCAGGGUUGUGGGCAUGCGGUUUACAACAACUCUCUCUACUACCACAAAGCAGGCUAUAACACCAUUGUGAGAUUUGAAUUUGGCAAAGAAAUAUCUGAAACGCUGAAGAUUGAAAAUGCUUUGUAUUUUGAUAGAAAAUAUCUCUUUGCAAAUUCCAAGACUUACUUCAACUUGGCGGUAGACGAAAAGGGCCUUUGGAUCAUCUACGCUUCAAGUGUGGACGGCUCGAGCAUCCUCGUAGCACAGCUGGAUGAAAGGACUUUUUCUGUGGUGCAGCACAUCAAUACCACCUACCCCAAAUCCAAAGCUGGCAACGCCUUUAUCGCGAGAGGGAUCCUCUAUGUCACAGACACCAAAGACAUGAGUGUAACAUUUGCCUUUGAUUUGUUAGGAGGGAAACAGAUAAAUGCAAACUUCAAUUUAAGAACUUCCCAGUCUGUCCUUGCUAUGCUAUCAUACAAUAUGAGAGACCAGCAUUUAUAUUCAUGGGAAGAUGGCCAUUUAAUGCUUUAUCCUGUGCAGUUUUUGUCAGCUAUAUUGAAGCAGUGAUGUAAUGUUGCUCUCCCU